CCUCGCGGCUGUCCUUUGCACCCUUGCAAGAGGUCAAAAUGAACUAUAUGCCGGGCACCGCAAGCCUCAUCGUGGACAUCGACAAAAAGCAUUUGGUCCUACUUCGAGAUGGAAGGACACCCAUAGGUUUUUUUUUAAGAAGCAUUGAUCAGUUUGCUAACUUAGUGCUUCAUCAGACUGUGGAGCGCAUUCAUGUGGGCAAAAAGUACGGUGAUAUUCCUCGAGGAAUUUUUGUGGUCAGAGGAGAAAAUGUGGUCCUACUAGGAGAAAUAGACUUGGAAAAGGAGAGUGACACGCCCCUCCAGCAAGUGUCUAUUGAAGAGACCCUAGAAGAACAGAGAGUACAGCAGCAGAGCAGACUGGAGGCAGAGAAGCUGCAGGUGCAGGCCCUCAAAGAUCGGGGCCUCUCCAUUCCUCGGGCAGAUACCCUGGAUGUGUACUGAGUUCCUUGCUGAGAGACUGCUGCUCACCUCAUACACCUGACCAGAGUGCAGAAUUGAAAUGUAGUCUUUCACAUAUGCCAAUAUGAAGAAACCAUGGGAUUUUGUUUUGUUUUUUUUUAAACAAAACCAUUCAUUAUGUAUUUUGCUUUGCUUUGCUUUUUCAAGCAGUCUUAUUACAUAGCCAUUGCUAACCUAGAACUCACUCUGUAGACCAGGCUGACCUCUAACUUGUAGGAUUGCAGGCGUGUUCCACUGUGCCCAGCUUUAUCGUUUAAAGAAAUAGUGACAUGACCUCCCCUCACAAGCCACUGUGGAACCAAGAAUCAUGUCUUUAUAUUGCUUUUCUUGUCUCAGAGUUUACACUUCUUUCUUCAUUGACUUGUAAAUAAAGAAUGAACCUCAGAACUGUCA